CACUGUAAAAGGACACAGUUGUAUUCACCAGGAUGUCAAGUAUGCUGAGAGCUCUUCUGCUGCUGUUGCUACAGCUAUGUUGUUACUUUAACACUGCAAAAUGUGCCAAGGUGCUGGUGUGGCAAAUGGAUUUCAGCCACUGGAUGAAUGCAAAGGUAAUACUAGUUGAACUUGUACAGAGGGGACAUGAAGUGACAGUUCUCAGACCUUCAUCUUCUGUUUUUAUUGAUCACAAUCAUCCAUCUGGUAUAAAAUUUGAAACUUUUCCUACAUCUGUCACUGCUGAAGGACUGAAGAUGUUUUUCAGGCAGUUGGUUGAUAACUUCAUCUAUGAAUCUGCAAAGCAUAUCUACAGUCAACCCUUUCCACUAGUACAGAAAUUCUUCUGGGAAUAUUCUGAUAUCUGUCAAAGCAUUUGUAAAGAUGCAGUUUUGAACAAGAAACUUCUGACAAAAUUACAAGAAUCAAAGUUUGACGUCCUUCUUGCAGAUACUGUAUUUGCUGGUGGUGAGCUGCUGGCCGAGCUACUGAAAAUUCCUUUUGUGUACACCCUGCGCUUUUCCCCUGGAUACACGUAUGAGAAGUACAGCGCAGGGCUUCUAUUUCCUCCUUCUUAUGUACCUAUUAUUUCAUCAGGAUUAAGUGGUCAGAUGACUUUCAUGGAAAGAGUAAAAAACAUGAUGUACUUGCUAUAUUUUGACUUUUGGUUUCAGACAUUUAAUGAAAAGAAAUGGGAUCAAUUUUACAGUGAAGUUUUAGGUAAACCCACAACUUUACGUCAGACUAUGGCAAAAGCAGAAAUGUGGCUCAUUCGAUCCUACUGGGAUUUGGAAUUUCCUCGCCCAAUCAUGCCAAACAUGGACUUUGUUGGUGGUCUUCACUGCAAACCUGCCAAACCUUUGCCUAAGGAAAUGGAAGACUUUGUGCAGAGCUCUGGAGAGCAUGGUAUUGUGGUGUUUUCUCUGGGCUCUAUGGUCAACAACAUGACAGAAGACAGGGCCAAUGUGAUUGCUUCAGCUCUUGCUCAGUUUCCACAAAAGGUUAUUUGGAAAUUCAUUGGAAAAAAACCAGAUAACGUAGCACCCAAUAUUGAACUGUAUGAGUGGAUUCCUCAAAAUGAUCUUCUUGGUCAUCCUAAAACCAAAGCUUUUGUAACUCAUGGAGGAGCCAAUGGCUUGUAUGAUGCCAUCAACCAUGGUGUCCCCAUGGUUGGGAUACCUUUGUUCGGGGAACAACAUGAUAACAUAGCUCAUAUGAAAGCCAAAGGAACAGCUGUUGUAUUGGAUUUCCUAACAAUGUCAACUACAGAUUUGGUCAAUGCACUGAAUGCCGUCAUUAACAAUCCUUCUUAUAAAGAAAAUGUCAUGAGGUUAUCAACCAUUCAUCAUGAUCAGCCAAUGAAGCCACUGGACCGAGCAGCAUUCUGGAUUGAGUAUGUCAUGCGCCACAAAGGGGCGAAGCACCUGCGGCCACUGGCCCACAACCUCACCUGGUACCAGUACCACUCUCUGGAUGUGAUUGGCUUCCUACUGGCCUGUGUGUUGACCAUUACUUUUCUUGCCAUAAAAUGUUUCCUCCUUUGUUAUCAAAAAUUUGUGAAGAUAGAAAAGAAAAAGAAAGAAUAGAGCUAUGUGAGACUUACAGGUAGUAGGUGUAUCAGUGAGGCUUCUGUAAUUAAUUUGAUCACAGAAAAUGAAUCAGUAGGAAAACAAUCCUUAAUGAUUUAUGAUACUUGUGCCUUGACUUGCUGCUUAUUGUAUUAUUGGUGAAAUAUUCAAUUAUGUUCAAUUCCAUUUUCAUAAUUCUUCAAGUAUAUAUUGGUAGGCAUCUACAUGUAUUAUCAUAUCUCAGAAAUAGAAUUAAUAAGUUUAUUUUUUAUGUGAGAAAAGCAAAAUAUUUAAAUGUUACUUUAAAUUUUCUGAAACAUUCUGAAUAAA